AUGGCCUCUUCCACGCCCCCGACGCUCAAACACGUCCUCAACCUCAACCUGACGCCGACGGUGGUGCUGGACGCCGGCGCCACGCCGCGCGGGCGGAUCAGCUGGGUCGAAACGCCGUCGGGCGAACUGACGACGCCGACGGGGGAGAAGAUCGCCACCGUCCUCCCUGGGGGUGGCGACUACUGCACGCGGCACGUGGACGAUCUGAUGCUGGAGGUUGACCUGCGCGUGGUGGCGCAGACGGAGCCGGACCCGAGCACGGGCGCUUCCACGCUGUUCAAGUUCCAGAGCGUCGGCUACGACAAGCUGAUCAAGCCGAUCAUGGGCGCCCUCGACGGGGAUAGUGCAGCCGCCGCCGCCGCCGCCGCGCCGCCAGAGGGAGGAGAGAUGCCCUCGGCCCUGUACGGCACCGAGGUGCUCUGGUGCAACACCUCCAGCAAGGAGUACUGGUGGAUGAACUUUGCCGUGUUGGUCGCCAAGGUCGCGCUGGUCCUGGGGCCCAAGGGCGUCGAAAAGGUCGAGUAUGCCAUCUAUCAGGUCGUCGUGUAA